AACUUUAAGUCAAAGACCUUCCUUAUUUUGAAUUAUUAUAAAAUCUUACAACAUAGAUUUUCUAUCCUGUCAACAUUUUAAAACUACAAUGAGCUUCUUGGUUUGUGAAGACGGAUCAGACGAUGAGUUUUUCAAGUUUUCUAGGCCAUCAACAACGAGACUUUCAUUAAAGAUCCCGAGAAGUGCACCCGAUCUUCAGAGUUUGACUCUACAAACGCCGUCGCCAACAGGGCAGUGGUCUGUUCCUUCUACUUCAAGACCAACUGGACCGUACACAAUGAAUCCUUGGAUUAGUGGUUGGGAGCUAUCACAAAGUACACUACCUCAUCCAGGAGAGACGCAGAAGCCCAAACCUAGCAAAAAACGGAAUAUUAAAAGAGUUAGUCGGACACGCACUGUAGGCACACCAGCUGAAAGGUACGAUUUUGAUGUUGAAUACUUCCCACACCAUCAACAAGACUGUAACAUAUCUGAUAUCGCUACAGAUAAUCCUACUACCAGUACUAGUCCUUUGAGCGACGAAGACACAGCUCUUCAACGACUUCGAAAUUUUUCUGUCCGGUCGAAGAGAGUAAUCAAUAGAGGUGACUCUUUUCGAUUUAAAGAAGAGCUUCCUCUAAAAUCUCCAGAGUUUCCAGAACCUGAAUGUCCGACUCCAGUAAUGUCUGAAACUCCUGACACCUCAUCUAAGACAAAUAUUCCAACGUCCCCUAAGAGCCAUGAAAACAUCAAAUACAGUGUUCUUGUACUUGGAUGUUCUGCUGUUGGUAAAUCGACCUUAACAAACCAGUUCAAGACAUCCGAGUAUAUUUGUGAUUAUGACAGUACUCAAGAUGAGGGAGAUGAAAAACUCGUGACAGUCAUUUUAAAUGGAGAUGAAUUUGAACUACUGUUUAUUGAACAGACUAUCCCUGAAAACGAGACAGAAACAAACCUUACCUUGCUGGUAGAGAACGCCGAUGCCUAUGUAGUGGUGUACUCGGUAGCUCACAGAGAAAGUUUUCAACUGGCUAAAACCAUUAUAAAGCAUAUAAAAAAAUUACAAGAUAUGGAGAAAAAAGCUGUAAUCUUGGCGGGAAAUAAGACGGACUUGGCGAGAUUAAGAACAGUUAGUACUGACGCUGGAAGAGAUUUAGCUACGUCCCAAAACUGUAAAUUCAUCGAGACUUCAGCAGGAAUCAACCAUCAUGUAGAUGAACUUCUGGUAGGAAUCCUCAGUCAAAUUCGACUGAAAUACUCUCAGUCAGAUAGGUCAGGAAAGAAGCGUUGUUCCGUUAGUUUAGAUAAAAUUAUUGGAUUAUCCUUCUCAACGGUUAGCUCUUUGAGAAGUAAGGACAGAAUUAAGCAGUUCUUCCAGAAGAAAUGUCGGAGAUCCAAGUCCUGCGCUAACCUUCAUGUUAUGUAAGCCAAGAAGUAACCAUGAAGAUGUAGAACGUUUUAUCAGUCUCUGUCUUUAAUACUCGAAUUUUUCAUAUUUGAAGGAGAAAAAUGAAAAUCUUAAGCAAAAAUACAUAAAUCAGCUUUUAUGAAUAUUCUCAAUAAAUUGGAGAUUGUUAUCUUCUUAUAACUUACUAGAGUAAGUUUAAUCACGUCUUGUUUUC